CGGGGCAGCGUGACAGGUCCUCCCGUCUUGGAGCCCAGCUGGUAUUUUAUACACACGGCUGCGGUGUUUCCUCUCGGCAACGGCCGUAUACCCGAAACCAUGGUCGCCGACAUACUGAGGGAAGCCGACCUCGUUGGGCUCAGCACGAGCAACACCACCUGACGAGCCGAACAUCUUGCAGGACAGGAUCCAGAACAACGCGCCAUAUUUGUUCGCUUCGCCGCCGAACCCGAUCGUGCCGCCCGGCCCGGGCACGCGAGGCAUGCUGGACAACCUGAGAGAUUUCCCGCACUGGAAGACGGUGCUCAACAGGAAGAGACUGUGCUUCUCCGUCACCACGUCCAUCAAUUAUGCCUGGACCAGCGUCGACGGUAUCAACUUCAUCGAUUUGCUGCGACAUCCUCAGGACGUCCAGCGCUACAGCCGCCGACGGUUUGUCGACUUCAACAGCACCACCCCGCUGCCCGCGGAGCAGAUAAGAAAGCACGAGUACUACUACGACGAAGUGACGCACACGCAUUACUGGCGCUACCCGCCGCCGGGCCAGAAGCUUCUGAGCUUCUUCGCAUACGACAAUGCUGAUACGAUCAAGUACAAGGUCGAGCAGAUGCUGAAGGCCUACCCCGACGACCGGUGCAUCGUGUUCGACGACCUGGGUGAAGAUGCCCUGCAUGCCACAUUCACGAUUAGGGGCACCACGCACGAGUGGAAGGCGUACGCCAUGUUCGAGGCCGUCUACGACGUCUUGAACAGGAUUCCCCCGCCAUAACACCACCACGCGCGGCACCACUGGGGGAGUAAACGGCGCCGUCGUGCUCACGCUUUCGGACACUUAUACCCUCCUCCAACGAACUUCCCCGCUUUCCCUCCCUCCUUUACCUUUAUCGUUGCGUCAUCGACGUCACGGACAUGCGUAAACGGCUGUGACGUCACGGCGUCGUUGAUAUGCGCGCGGCAAACUGUUUAGUGUUUAGUGAUGCAUACGCCCCGCCCCUCGUUUACAUUUCUCGCUGUGUCAUCGCAGUCACGGACAUGCAUGCACGGCUGCGACAUCACGGUGACGUCACUGAUAUGCGCGACGAGCUGCUUAGCAACGUAUACGCCACGCAACGGCUCGUGCCUCGUGAAAACGAGGCUAUUGACCUUGUUUAGCGCGGGUACUGUCGUUAUCGUGUACGACGCAAACGGUGUGUGUUCGUACUGUUGCAUAUGCAUAGUCAUUAUAUUAUACUCACAACCAUUGGCUUUAUCUUCUGAUUGAGAUGCAUUCGCAGUAUAAUAAACGAUGUCGUUUAAUAGAG